UCCCUCACAGAUCUAAGCACUUGCCUCAUUCACUCCAGCUGCACAGGUUGUAAGUGAGGGGAGAAAAGAGAAAGAAAGGGAGAACAGGAGAGCAAGAGGAGAGAAUAUUAGAAACUGCUGGUGAGGGAGAGAGGACAGGAGGUGAAUAAGAGAGGGUCUGUGCGGUUUAUUGUGUGAAGGUGUGAGGGAGUGAGGAGAGAAAGGAAAAGUCUUCCAGGAGUGGGACUUAUCAGGAGUGGGAGGUUCCUCCAGGGAGGAUCUUUGGUAGCAACCUCUCCUUUUUGCUGGGAGUCUGUCCCCCGGGACCCCAUCCAGAGCCAUGGAGCCCUCCGUGUCGACUGAGGUUGAGGGGGAGCCCAAGGAGAGGAAGAAGAUCCACUUUGCUAUGCCAUCCUCUGCGCCCACAAACCUGGAUCCUCGACAAGUGGAGAUGAUCCGGCGCAGGAGGCCCACACCUGCCACGCUGUUCAGAGUAGCUGACCAAUCAUCUCCUGAGGAUGAUCAGUCCACCCACCAGGUAAAGUGGGUCGUAGGAGAAAACGGAGUACUCAAACCCAAACGUGUCAAUCCAAACGUGUACCAGCCUCCCUCACUCAAAGCUGUCCAGAAGAUGGCUGAAGCACACAUGCAGAACCUAGGUAUCUACCCCCCUUUGGAAGACCCUUUUGAGGUGGAUGAGGAGGACAUCUGGCAGAGACAGGAGGGAGAGGACACAUCUCCCGCCAAGGCUGCUGACCAACAGGAGACGGCGACCACCGAGCGCUCGGUCAAGUUUUCCAGCUUGAGCGAGACGGCCAAGCAGACCCCGGCAGCACAGGAGGAAGAGGAGGAGGAGGAGGAGGAGGAGGGAGGCAACAUCAAAGAAGCCACAGAGGAGAACAGUCGGGGGAGUAACUGAGAUAGAGAGAGAGAGAGAGAGAGAGAGAGGGAGAGCAGGGCAAACAUACGGAGGGAGAGUAAGCGUAUUUAGUGAAAGGGUUCAAAUCUGAAGCACUCAGAAACAGACGAGCAGUGAGUGUGGGGUUAAGUGGACGUGAGUGUGUGAGGAGUUGUUGAACGAUACUUCCAUGAAACCAACAUGUGAGUGAGCUAAGAUCUCUGUACCUUUUGAAGGUCGAGCAGGAUUAAAGAGAGGGCGUAUUAGGGCCGGUCUGAGUAUUCGGACUCGACCCUUAUGAGCAAGUGGGGAAUGAUGUACUAACAGAGCAGCCUGCAGACGCCACUUUGGCCCUCGUGUCCCUUUGUUUCUAAUGAGAGUGGAUGAGUCAAGGUCAACAUGACCAAACACCCUGUAAGACCAGUCCUCCCUCUACCUUCAUGCUUCUGCACACAGCGAAAUGUUCCUUUAAAGAGGAACACAUUAAUCACAGAGUACACACACACACACACUUUCAACCUCUCUGGGCACAUUCAUAAUAAAGAAUGUCUCCGAUGUGACCUUUUCAAUAGUUCCUGAAGUCAUUAUAAAUAAACACUGACAUGCAUUUUCAAGGCACAACUCAGCAUCGAUCUAAUUUGCAGCACACUAGGUGUCCAGCCCUGUGAGUAAAUGUGCAUUUACUGCCACCUUGUGGUAAAAAAAAAAAAGUGAUACUCCAACCAUUGACCUUUUGUCAAGUUGUAAAAAGUUAUUAUAUUUAAUAGGCUCAGGAAAUGAUAUCCAGUUUUAAAUGCUCUCUGUAGUCAACUCCAGUCAUUCAAUGAAUUCACAUUCUGUGUGCAGUUGUUGCUGUUUGUUGCGAGCUCCACUUUUCCAUAUUCCUAACUUAGCAUGAGGGACUCAUGGGAAACGAUGCAGCUGUAAUUCCAGGACGAUUGUUCAAUAAAUGUAAUCUCUUUGAUAUCAGACUGACUGCUUAAAAGUUAGAACUGACUGAACCACCAUGAUACUGCAUGUGUACAAAUCAACCAGGACUUUAAUCUAGCAACUUUAAAAAAAAAGAAGA